AUCUGUCGCCUGGAGAGUUUCAUUAACGACAUCCCUCUCAACUUCUCGGGCAAGCUUGCAGUCAGCCAUUUUGGCUCAAUUCUUCGAUAAAUCCGCCUGUGCUUCGUUUCAUCAGCUGCACGCUUCUUAAUUCGGGUGGAGUUUAAGACUCUUCUAAGAUUGGAGAUGUCUGAUGGGAUUGAUAACCACGAGGAGACCAAUGAAGAGGCUUCAUUUGUCAUCUUUGCAGAAGGGCCUGAUGGGAUGACUCAAAUAGAUCAAAAUGAUGAAAAUCAGCAACUUUCUAUUGGUGAUGAUGGAAUCACAAUAGUGGUAACACCUGAAAAUGAACAGCAGGUUUCUGAGCUUUUAAGAGCUCUUCAAGCAUCGCAAGGGGGAGAAGAUGUCCAAAUCCUGACAGAAAGCGGUGAGGAAAUUCACCAAUUCAGCAAACCUAAAGAUGAGACAAGUGCUGAGGAAACAGAAAUAGUAGAACCACCAAAAAAAAAAAGAGGACGUCCACCUAAACAACAACAGACUCCCAUUACCUCUAGUAGUGUGACAGCAACUGAGACAGCUAACAAGAAAGCAAAACUAAUUGAACUAGCUUUGCAAGAGGCUGAUGCCAGUGUUGCUGAAGGGAUUUCCAGUUUAAAAAGCUCUCGUUUGAGGGAGAAGGCUGCUAAACAAGGGGGACUAAAGAAACUUUGGAUAAGCAAGGAAGAUCUGGAGGAAUCUGUGGAACCAAUGGAAUCAUUUGAUCGUGGUGAAUUAAAAUCCGAUGGAGAGAACGAAGUUUACGCAUGCGAUGAAUGCCAUGAGCUUGAAUUUGGGUCUAUCGAGGAAUUAAAAGACCAUAGAAAGGAAAUACACCCAGCGACAUUCCAUUGUGAUAUAUGUGGCAUUGGAUUUGAAGAUCAAAUUGGAUUCUUCGAACAUUUAAAGACUCACUACGAAAAACAAGCACCGAAGAAAGGACGUGGACGACCACGAAAAACACCUGCCCUUCCUUCAACCCCAGUCGCGUCCAGUUCAAAAGCACCGGAUGAGGCUGUCAAUAUGACUUGUGAAACUUGCCAGAAAGAAUUUCGUAAUGCGAAGGCACUGGAUUCUCAUGUCCGUAAUGCUCAUCCUGAUGCUAUCACAAAAGCGUACCAUUGCGCCCAGUGCAACACUAGCUUCCGCUUUAAAGAAGCCAUGGAGACUCACAUGGAAAACGUUCAUGGUGCUGAUAGACCAGACGACGGUCCUCUCCCUGAGCCCGGAAAAUCAGUUGAGGAUAAAGAAUUGGAUCUUGCAGAAUUUGAAGGAGAAGAUAUUGGCGAAGAAGUCAUGGGAGAAGACGAACAGGGCUCCGAAGACGUCGAAGAAGACGAGGAAUACGAUGAAGAUGGCAAAGAUGAAGUCGACGAAGAAGAACUUCAGGAAAGUGGUAUAGCUGAUUAUGAUCCAGCCAUUGAUGGUCAUUGUUGUCAACUGUGUGGAGCAGUCUUCUCGGCAAAGAAACGCCUUAUUCAACACUUAAAGGAGGAUCACCAUAUAGGGUUUAAACGAGGCCGGCGGCCAAAGUAUCCUCCUGUGGAGACCGCCGAAGAUGGAACCUUUCCUUGUCCAGUAUGCCAAAGGACCUUUACGCACAAAAACUCGUUGGCUUAUCAUGUGCGUACUCAUGCCGGAGAAAGACCUCAUCAGUGCGAGAUUUGUGGCAAAUCUUUUUUUGCCAAUGGAGCAUUGAAAGUCCAUAUGCGAGUCCAUACCGGUGCGAGACCGUAUAAAUGUGAUGAGUGUGGGCGUGAGUUUCGCCAAUGGGGUGAUCUCAAAUAUCAUUUCACUUCCUUGCAUUCUGGUGUGCGACAAUAUCAAUGCGAGUUCUGUGGCAAGUCAUUCGCUCGAAAGUAUUCAUUAAUCGUUCAUCGGCGUGUACAUACAGGUGAACGUAAUUACAAGUGCGAAUUCUGCGGUAAAGGCUUCCGUGCUUCGUCCUACCUUCUCAACCAUCGCCGGAUUCAUACAGGAGAAAAACCCCAUCCCUGCCCAGUAUGCUUCAAACCUUUUAGAAUGCGAUCUGACAUGAAACGCCACAUGCAAAUGCAUGCGCGUGACGGCUCGGAUGUUUCAUUACUGCUAGCAUGCGCUGAACAAGGUAUCGAUCCGCUUGAAGCGAUUACGGCAGAUCCGGAUGCCUUGGCUGCUCUAAGAGAAAAGACUGCUAAUUCUUCUGAAGUAAAAACCGUUGCUCCCCGUGCAAAUCGUGGCCGCAAGCAACUGAAAAGUGAAGAGGCAACUGCCGUUGCCGCAAUUCAGGACGAUGAGGACCAUGAUGAAGGAUCCGUAAUGCUGACCAUCGUUCCCAAUGAAGAUGGAGAAAUGGUAGCUGUACCCAUUCACGUACAGGAUGAGAAUGACGAAGAUGACGAUGGAAACAAAAUGGAAGUCCAUAUGGAUGGUGAUGAAAACGCUGAUUCAGAGGAAGUUCAGCAGCUCCAGCUUAUUAACGAGGACGAACUUAUUCAAGAAACUGACAGUCUUGGUGCAGUGACUAUGCGAGACCCUAAUACUAAUACAUUGUACGUAUGGUCUGUGUUCCCAAAUUCCCAGACUAAAUGAAUCAGUUGAUGCAGUGACAAGCGUCCUAGUAUUCUCAGGUGUGUGCGAAUGGAAUCGCCAUACAUUGGGAUCUGUCAUUUUUUUCCUGAUUUUGAAGAUCAUUGCAUAGAAAAUUUUUGAGCUUCUCCUAUUGAACCGUUGCCCCUUGUACAGAUGUUGUACCAUGACAUAGAACAGCAGUGGAAAUACAACAGGGAAACAAAA